AUGGGAAAAGGGAGACAUGUGCAGGGCUUUGACAGAAACAAGCAUCUAUGGGAGGAGCCAAAAAAGGUGUGUUUCAACUACGACCUAUUUCUCAACUUGGAAGGCAACCCACCCGUCAACCACCUGCGCUGUGAGAAGCUCACCUUCAACAACCCCACCAAAGAAUUCAGGAGAAAGCUGAUCAAAGCUGGAGGGGUGAUGGUGGUUCCAGAGGGGGCUGAAGCCGUGUCCCGGCCCAGUCCUGACUACCCCAUGCUGCCCACCAUCCCUCUCUCCGCCUUCUCAGACCCCAAGAAGACCAAGACCUCUCAUGUGUCAAAGGCCGACACGGUGCGGUCCGCCUAA